AUGCCCAGUGUCGACACUUCCAUUCACUCAGCACCAAGUGGCGCCGCUGCUCAGCUAGCAGCUCGCCAUGCAGACGAACAACCCCUCAAGCUAUAUGGAGGAUGGUUCUGUCCCUUUGUUCAAAGAGCCUGGAUCACCUUGGAAGAGAAAAAGAUUCCCCAUCAAUACGUGGAGAUCAAUCCAUACAAGAAAGAACCAGAGUUUCUCAAACUGAAUCCCCGCGGCCUAGUGCCCACUCUCGCUGUGCCCGUCGAUGCAGCCGGAACGGAGCAGAAGCCACUCUUUGAGAGUUCUAUCAUCAUUGAGUAUCUUGAAGAUGCAUAUUCAGAUGAGUCUAAGUACGGUCCUCGCCUGUUGCCAUCGGACCCAUACCAAAAAGCCAGGGCGCGACUAUGGAUGGACCACAUCAGCACAAGAAUCAUUCCCGCUUUCUACAAGUUCCUGCAGCACACUCCGGAUAAAGACUUCACUAUUGAUCAAGCACGAGAAGAGCUUCAUGGUCACAUCAAGACUCUUGUGGCGGAGAUGGAUGCCCAAGGUCCUUGGUUUUUGGGACAGAGUAUCAGCUUGGUGGACAUUAGCUUGAUUCCAUGGGCGAAACGGUUAUGGCUGCUUGAUUACUAUAAGCCGGGUGGUCUCCAGCUACCACAAGAAGGAGGCGACAAUAACGAGUGGACAAGAUGGAGCUCAUGGAUGAGUGCUGUUGAGAAUCAUGAAAGCGUGAAGAAUACUUGGAGCGAGAGUGAGAAAUACAUUGAUGUUUACAAAAGGUAUGCGGAUGACACAACAAAUUCGUUGGUGGGACAGGCAACGAGGAAGGGCACUAGACUUCCUUAA